CUUCUUACCUGCCAUUCAAGACCCAGCUACCUUUCUGCUUCUUCUUCAGGAUUUUCCACUCUUCACCAUUUUGCUUCUCAGUUCUUACAUGCAAUACAUUUUCCACUUCCUCUAAACAUUUGAACCAUUUAUUUUUCUGUCAAUAUUUUAUCAUUUUCCUUGUGGGUAUUUGUUAAAAUACCCAUUUGCAUUCAUAUUGUUUUUUCUCUUUGGUAAAUAUCAUCUUUCGCCAUUUUGAACAAAAACCAUUUGGUUAUUUUCCCAAAGAAUUGCAAUAGUGAGAUGGCGGAUUCCAAGGCAAACCCGGCGAUUUCAGAGCAAGUACUGCCUGAUUUGCUAAAGAAUACGCCUUCGAAUAUUGCAAGAUUGGAGGAUGUGAUUGAGCAUUGUAAAGGUCGUCAAAAGUAUCUUGCUCAGACUGGAAGUCCAUCUGAUGGUGGUGAUGUUAAGUGGUAUUUCUGUAAGGUGCCUUUGGUAGAGAAUGAGUUAGCUGCCUCAGUCCCACGCACUGAGAUUGUGGGAAAGAGCGACUAUUUUCGUUUUGGUAUGAGGGAUUCUCUUGCAAUAGAGGCAUCUUUCUUGCAGAGAGAAGAAGAAUUGCUCUCUAGUUGGUGGAAAGAGUAUGCAGAAUGUAGUGAAGGCCCAAAUGGCUGGCCUACUACUAGCAAGAAGAUUGAUACCCAAGAAAAUGCUGAUUCUCCAGCGGGUGGACGAGCAGCUCAACUGCAUGAAGUGGAAGAGGAGAGAGUUGGCGUGCCUGUAAAGGGAGGACUCUAUGAGGUAGAUCUGGUGAAGAGACAUUGUUUUCCUGUUUACUGGAAUGGAGAAAAUCGGCGUGUUUUGAGAGGUCAUUGGUUUGCUCGUAAAGGAGGCUUGGGUUGGCUCCCUCUUCGAGAGGACGUAGCUGAGCAGUUGGAGAUUGCAUACCAGAGCCAGGUUUGGCAUCGAAGGACCUUUCAACCAUCUGGCCUUUUUGCAGCUCGUGUUGAUCUGCAAGGCUCUACCCCUGGACUCCAUGCACUUUUUACCGGAGAAGACAAUACCUGGGAGGCUUGGCUCAACAUUGAUGCUUCUGGCUUUUCUAGUAUCAUUACCUUGAGUUGGAAUGGAAUCAAGUUAAGGCGUGGCUACUCUGCAUCUCUCUCAGAAAAACCAACCCAGGAUGAACUACGACAAAAGAAGGAGGAGGAAAUGGAUGAUUACUGUUCCAAGGUUCCUGUUCAGCAUGUGGUUUUUAUGGUUCAUGGUAUUGGCCAAAGGUUGGAGAAGUCUAAUUUGGUUGAUGAUGUUAGCAGUUUCCGCCAUAUCACUACGAGUCUCUCUGAACAACAUCUUACUUCAUACCAACGAGGUGUUCAACGAGUUCUUUUUAUCCCAUGCCAGUGGAGAAAGGGUUUGAAGCUGAGUGGUGAAGCUGCGGUUGAAAAGAUUACUUUAGAUGGUGUACGUGGUUUGCGUGUUAUGCUGAGUGCAACAGUUCAUGAUGUAUUGUACUACAUGAGCCCCAUCUAUCGUCAAGACAUUAUUAAUGCGGUAUCAAACCAAUUAAACCGCUUGUAUUUGAAGUUCCUUAAGAGGAAUCCUGGUUAUGAUGGAAAGGUUUCAUUAUAUGGUCAUUCAUUGGGAAGUGUCCUCUCAUACGACAUCCUCUGCCAUCAAGAGAAUCUGACUUCUCCAUUCCCAAUGGAUUGGAUGUAUAAAGAAUACUCUAGGAGUGAAGAAUCUUCCCUUGAUACGAAGCGUGGCACGUCAACCAACCUGGAGGAUAACAUCUCCAAUGUAGUCAAAGAAGACAAGAAAAUAGUGGAUCCUGUUGAGGAAAAAAUGAUGAGUGGACGAUCAACUUUAGUACAUGAGAAUGGACUUUCUGAUGAAUUUUCCACAAUCUUGAGUCCCAUUGCAUCAGAGUUGGUUGGAGCUGCAUCAGAUUCAAAUUUUAAGCAAAUACGUGGAAUACAAAGUCCCCAUGAGUUUGUUUGUGGCUCCAGUGAAGUGUUUUCUCAGGAAAGAGAUCACUUAUGUGAAGCUAAAGAGAUGAAGUUAGAUGACCCAAUGAGUGGUGUGGAGAACAGGGCAGUGGAAGGCAGUGAAAAUGCCGGCAACAAGGAAAAAGAAAUUAAUAUGCUCAUGAAAGAGAUUGAUUCCCUAAAAGCUAAAAUAGCAGAGUUGGAAUUCAAGUGUGGUGGUGGAGAUGCAAGUGAAAAUGGAAAGGCAACUGAAAGCAUGACAAAGCAACCCAUAUCCAAGAAAUUGGCAGUUGGACUAGAUGAAGCAUCAAAGAGUUAUACCCCUUAUAUCAAGUAUACAAAACUUGAAUUCAAGGUUGACACAUUCUAUGCUGUUGGAUCACCUCUUGGAGUCUUUCUUUCUCUUCAUAAUGUUCGGAUUGGACUCGGGAAAGGGAAAGAAUAUUGGGCAGAGGAAAAUAUCAGUGAAGAAAUGCCAGCAUGUCGUCAAAUGCUCAACAUUUUUCACCCAUUUGAUCCUGUAGCAUAUAGAAUAGAACCUCUUGUCUGUAAAGAAUUUAUCAGCAAGCGCCCAGUUAUUAUUCCUUACCACAAAGGUGGAAGAAGGUUGCAUAUUGGGUUUCAGGAGUUCACUGAAGAUUUGGCUGCUCGUUCUCAAGCAAUAAUAAAUCAUCUAAACGUUGUGAAGGUCAAGGUGCUUACAGUUUGCCAAUCAAAAAUUGCUGAUAGCGAAGAAGAAGCAGAAAAUGUCAAUGAAAAAGAAGAGAGAACAUAUGGCUCAAUAAUGAUGGAGAGGUUAACUGGAAGUGAAGGAAGAAUAGACCACAUGCUUCAAGAUAAAACAUUUGAACAUCCAUAUCUGCAAGCCAUUGGAGCGCACACGAACUAUUGGAGGGAUCAAGACACAGCUCUCUUCAUUUUAAAACACUUGUAUAGGGAGAUACCUGAAGAACCCAACUUACCUGCAGAAUCUAGUGGAGGCACCUCAAAAGAUGAGAUUGGUUCCACAGGAUGGUAUGAUCAAAGUGAAACUAAUGAGGAACUCCCUUUGACAUUCUCUGACAGAAUGAUGGCUAAAAACUUCUCAAAGAAAGCCAAUAAAUAUAUGAAAAGCCCCAAGUGCUGACUGAAGUUCUUGCUGUAUGCCAGAUUUAGAUGCAGCUGCAGCUGCAUUUAACAGGGCUUGGCCUUAUUGUUUAUCUUAAAUGAUCUUGCGCUAAAUGCAUCAUCAGACUGGGGGCGGGUCACCAAUUCUAGUGCAGCCUCAAAGAUUUUAGAACGAAGUUGAUAUGGAAUUUGAGGCGGUUGCAUGUAGAUGAUAGUUAUAGGGUAGUUACUCAACCAUAGUUUCACACAGUAGAUGUCUUGUUUUAUGUUCUGUGCAUAAAAAGAAAUGCAGGUCUGUGAAAAUGUAGGUUGCAAAAACUGUAAAAAUGUACAGUACGAAUGCCAGAACUAGAACUCUGUACCACUGGUUAUAACUACUGUAACAUGUUAAUACGAACUAGAACUCUGUACCACUGGUUAUAACCACUGUAACAUGUUUAUACGAAUGGAAGGUUCACUGUCAACUUUCUUACUGACAGAAAGAGUGUCAA